AUGCGGACAGCGAGGCUCCAGGCGGCCGCGGUGCUGCUUCUGUUCGCCGCAGUGUGCGGGUCGCGCGCGGAGGUGAUCGAUGACGUCCUGGGCAGCCUCUCCAGAGGAGCAUCCUUCCUGGAGCAGCAGCAUGAGCACAUCAACCUGGACGGAGUGGUCGGGUUCCUCAUGCUGCAGGCCGAGCUGAAGGAGGCUGUUCGGACAUGGCCUCACACUGACAUGGUCAGCUGGGCUCAGAGAACCUCCACCGUAGCACUGGUCAAACGUCUUGACCAAACCUUUGAAAAGGCUGUCGCUGCCCUGCAGCAGAAUGACCCCAAGUACUACAGAGAGUUCGAGCCCUUGCUAUCGUGGAGUUUCUACUUGAUUCCUCAGGAGUGGAGCUCCACAGAUCCCAGCCUGGUCUAUCCCUCCACCAUGACCACUGAGUGUUAUGAUGAGCAGCUCAGUGACAAAUGUCUGACCCUGCUGCUGGGAACCUGGAAGAUGAACGGGACGCCCUGUAUCGUGACCAAGCCCUGUCGGGACACCAUGACUCAGUUUGGUUGUCCGCAUUACUCCUUGUCCCACCAGCUGCUCUACUUCAUGAUUGGAAAAAUGAGAGGCUGCACUAACCUGCUGAAAGGCGACACACGACCGACUAGAGCCAACAUGACGGAGAAAAACUACCAGAGGAUCUUCUGCUCCAACAUGAUGAAGACCAACCUGGACAUCAUCAAAGAUGGUCUUACCGAACAGACAGUCGACAUCUUCAUUGAAAACAUCCUGAUAUGUGGAUUGGCUGGUUUCUCUGACUUCUACAAAGCGGAUUGGCUGCAGCACAUCCUCAGGCUGCAGGACGAGGAAGUGGGCUGCUUUGGGAGGGACAAGAGCAUCAUGUCUCAGAUCAUUGGAGACGAGCUGCUGGAACAGAUGCAGCCGCACAGGAGAGUGAAGAGGAGGGAGAAGAUACUUCCAGAUGGCUGCUCCAGUCACAUGACAGCUGUGGCUGUUGGCGCUCUGGGAGGAUACCUGAACUAUUACCUGACUGAACAGGACAUAACGAAGAGGCCGCUCUCCUGAACGCGCACCCAGCCUCACCCUGCUGCGACACCCGGGGUUGUAAACAGAAUGUUGUAGAUCAUCAGGUAGAGACUCCCAACACAAUAUUUUGCUUUAUGAAAAUAGAUGACAAAUACUUAAGAUUCUGUGAUGGGGCUGCACAAAAUGGAAAUUAAAGAGAUUUUCUUUUUUAUAAUUUUGUUGUAUGUUGUAUUAUAUGCUUAUAAUGAACAAGAAGUUCAAUUAUCCAUCUUUUCAUUCCUUCCUACAGCUAAGAAUGUAAUUAAUGUAUUAAUGUAAACAAUUAUGCCUGAGGAAAGUGGUGAUUAAGUAGGUGCUCACGUGGUCAUCAUGUUUUUCCAUGGAAAGUAAUGCUCUGCAUUUUUGGAAAUUUUGACACUUUUUUUGGAAAAGUUAGCCUAUAACAGGGAACUCAAAUGUAGUUGAAAACAACACUAGGCAAGCUCAGCUGGACCCUGGAUGCCAGUAACGUAAACCUUUGACUUUCUGUUCUUUUUUAAUGUCUUUGUCAUCACUUAGCAUAUUGAUAUCUUGUAACACUGAAGCCAUGUUCAUUUUAAUACCAAGUUUAUUUGUAUACAGUAGUCUAACAUUUACAGCAGUGAGAGUAGGAUGCAUGUAUGUCCACACAUACAUAGGGUGUCAUAGGGAAUACAAUUAUUUUAUUCAACAUUCAUGUUUUUUGUUGUUCAAUGGAAGAACCCAUUAAAGUUCCACUCACAAAUAGAUUAAGUCAAAAAAGUCAUUUAAAAUGUUUUGUAUUGA